AAAGAUGAUCGUCGUUGCACAAAUAUUGUAUCUUUUCUCGUCCCUAUUCAGGCGAAGAGCUUGCAUCAGAUAAGUUAAGUUUUUAAAGCUAUCAGAUGCGUUUUCUUGCCAAAACUGAAUAUAAAAUUAAUUGUGCUAAUCUUAUCUUGUACAAAUAAAAGCUUCCAAUAGUGUUCACAUAAUUGACAAUUGAAUCGCAUUUUAUUGUACAUUCUGAGUCUGUUGCUUUCAGGGACUUAGUUUCACAUAAUCUCGGACGCGUACAAUACGCGGGUAUUGACUCUUCAGCUGCACGAGGCUUUGUUUUAAGGGUAUCUUUGAGGGUGUCUAUUUACAGCUGGCUGUAAGAGCAGUGCAGCCCCAUCGGUACACGGGAGAGCAGCUGGUCCUACCCAGGUGGUGGUGAGCCAGUCUCAGCUCGGGGACGGCCCCACUCUGCACGGACGGCCUUAUUGCUCAUUGUGUUUCGUGUCGCGGGAGUCUGGUAGUUUGACUCAUCCACCUUCGUUUCCUGUAUCAGGGUGUUUGCGCCUCUGGACCGCAGGGCAUGGAUGUGCUGUGAGGCGAAAAUAAUGUGGGUAUAGUGUGAUGCUAAUGUCUUGAACAACAAGCUGACGUCCCACCCUGCGUCUUCAGCUUUCUUGUCCGGAAAAUAUUGUUUCGGGGCUCCAGCAGCUGAACCAGGUGAGAGGCCGCCUGGUCCUCGAUGGGCAGGAACAUCGGCUAGUCACAGCAGGAGCAGGGCAUGGCAUACCUCUUCAGCGCCGGAGGAACCGCCGCCCCGAAGUCGAACAGAGUUGACAGCAGGCAUGAGGAAGAGUUGGAGCGCAGGCAGGUGGCGUGGCGGCUUAUGAAGAGGCGAGACAAGGAGAGAAAAGCCAAGGAAGCGAAGGAGAGAGCAAAAGCAGAGAGAGCAAGAGAAAAGGCUGAGAAGAAGGCUUACAAAGCUCUGCUCAAGUCCGGCGCCGUCAGGAGAGGGAGUAAGGCACAGAUGGCCGAGGAGGGCGAGGCGGGAAACACAAGCUUGGGUCUUCACUUCCUGGGGUGA